CAGCACAGGCCAAUGAGAAAAAGCUCUCGUAGCCUCCAUAGCCCGCAUUGGUAGCCUCCUAACCACCCCUCCCCCAAUUCUACCCAAAUCUACGGAUUCCUGGAUUCCUGCCUACCCACCACCUCCGCUUCGACGGCUCCCAUCCCACACGGCACGGCACCGCACCGCCCUACACACGCCCAUCCCAUACCGAGGCAAUGUCAUCCAAUAAGACGGAGGAGACCCCGAAAAAGGAGGCGACCACCAACAGCACCGACGAGCUGACCGUCGUCGUCGAGGAGCUGCUCAACACGCUAUCCAACAAGUUCGCCGGCGUGUCGAGCGAGAUAUUCGCUAAGAUGGACGAGAUGUCGCGACGCCUAGAUAACCUCGAGGCCGCGCUCCAGGCCAACGACGAGAAUAGUGCGAGCCCCAAGUCGAAAUCAUGAUUGUGACACACCCAAUGCUUUGGAGUCGACGCGUCGAGAGGGUGUGAGGGGGGUGGGGGAUUGGAGGAGGGGCAUCGGGGUACACUACUGGGGAGCAUGGCAUGGCGUUACGGGAGCCUGAGACAUGACUUUUUUUUUUCGGAAGGGGGCGGUUUCACGCGGCACUCGGGUUUAAUACGGCAACACGGUGAGCAAUACGAGAUGAACGUUUGUUUUUUGUGUUCAUUAUCUUGUUCUUCAUACACGC